AGCGGCGCUGGCGGCUGAGAGCGCGGGUCGCGUACCAGUGCGUGGUUGCUAGGGGCGCCUGAGCCCGCCCGCUCGCCGAACAGGCCUGGGGAGGAAGCAACGCGGAGCCGGCGCCGAGCUGGAGCGAAGCUGGGUCCGCUAGGCUGACGGGCUUCAAGGACGCAGCUGCUGCUGUUGGAGAUGAGCGGCGCCACACCUGAGCCGGGCCAUGAGGUCAUGUGGCCGUGAUGUGGGCCCCUCAUGGCCUCCGCAGGAACAGAGCACUGCAGUAUCGGUCUCCACCAGGGAAACAGCUUUAAGCAGAGUGGUCCCUUGGGCACAGCGCCUGCCCCGCCACCCUCUGAGGGCAAGGUCUGGUCUCAGGCUCAGCAACAGGCGAAGCCAGUGUGGAAGCUGGAGAAGAAACACGUGGGGACCCUUUCAGCAGGGUUGAGCCCACGCCUCCUGGGUGUCCCGCCCCAGCCAGCGUAUUUCUUUUGCCCCAGCACUUCAUGCAGCUCUGGGACCACAGCUGCCCCUCCAGGCCACAGCAGCUCCUGGUACCCGCCUUAUCUCUGGGACUUGUUCAGCAGCACCCUGCUGUACCGCCGCUCCAACUGUAGGCACAAAACUUACCAGCAUCUGGAGUCUUUCUGCUUGCAUUCGAGCCCAUCAGAAGAAAGACUUUUUUCUUUCCCUCAAAAGAACCUCCCUGUCAGACUCACUGCCAACAAAGCCACUUCUUUCACGGUCUCCCCCAUGGCCCAGCCCAUGGCAUCCUCGCCCGCUGACCCAUACCUCUUACUGGGGGCGGCUGGGGAGAACCCUUCAGGGAAGAGACUGGCCUCUGCCGUCUCAGGGAAGACGCCAUCUCCACUCUCGCCCUCUUCGCCCUCCUACAAGCCCAUGCUCAAUAACAACUCUUUCAUGAGGCCAAAUAGCACUAAAGUGCCUUUCUCACAGGCCGCAGAGGGCCUGAAGCCAGCGUCCUCGCCCAAGAUCCAGCUUGUCUCCUGGCAUCAUUCAGGGGGCACUGGAGACUGUGCCCUCCAGCCUACUGAACACAAGGUACCCAAGAGCAAUGGCAUUGUCCUACAUGGUGCCCUUGCCGGUAGCACCCUGCCGGCCCCUGGCUCCUUAGACACUUCCACCACCAGUGGUGCCUCCCCGCAGUGCGACCAGAGUAACAUAGCCAUGAGAAUAAAGCCGCAUCCCUGUGGCCUGGAUGGCGACUCUGUUCCCCUGGCUCUGACCAAGGAGGUUCAGUUCACUGAGGCUGUGAGGAAGUUGACCGCAGGUGGCUUGGAGACGCCGAGGCAAGUCUACCAGUUUGAACAAUCUUGUUCAAUGAACCCCAGCUUGCAGUGGGGUCUCCUCAAUAGGAACAAGCGGUGGAAACCUCCUGUGAUAGGCCAGCAGCUCCCUCAGGAGGGUGCUGGAGCAGACAGUAGGGUCCCCCCUGGAGCCUCGGACACCUUGGAGUUGGACAGUACAGUCUUUUGUACCAAACGCAUCAGCAUUCACCUGCUUGCCUCACACACCGGUGGGCUCAGCCACAGCCCUGCCUCUGGAUCUGUGAUCAACUCCCCGCCACUUGGAGAAGACAAAACUCCGGUUCUGCCUUCUCCCCAUCAGCCCUUUGGCUUGGCUGAUGUGGCCACCCGCCUCUCUUCAAUCCAUCUUGGCCAGCUUGGGAAGGAGGGGCCUAAAGAAGCCAGGGAGCUGGACUCACCUGCUAAGGAUAUUGGUCCAGCUGCUGACCUCCGGCUAGACCAAGCGGAGGCUGAAGAUCUAGAGGAAGAGCUGGUGGAUGGUUUGGAAGACGGCUGCAGCCACGAUGAGAAUGAGGAGGAGGAGGGAGACUCCGAGUGCUCCUCAUUCAGCGCCGUCUCUCCCAGCGAGUCGAUAGCAGCGAUCUCUCGGGGCUGCGUGGAGGCUCUGACCAAACCUCUUUCCAGUGAGAAAGUUGUCCGGCCAGCCCUCAUCUACAGUCUCUUUCCCAACGUGCCUCCUACCAUCUAUUUUGGCACUCGGGAUGAGAAAGUGGAGAAGCUUCCCUGGGAGCAGAGGAAGCUGCUCCGGUGGAAGAUGAGCACAGUGACCCCCAACAUUGUCAAGCAGACCAUUGGACGGUCGCACUUCAAAAUCAGCAAGAGAAAUGAUGACUGGCUGGGCUGCUGGGGUCACCACAUGAAGUCUCCUAGUUUCCGAUCCAUUCAGGGGCAUCAGAAGCUAAACCACUUCCCAGGUUCAUUCCAAAUUGGGCGAAAGGACCGGCUAUGGCGGAACCUAUCCCGCAUGCAGAGCCGCUUUGGCAAGAAGGAGUUCAGUUUCUUCCCCCAGUCCUUUAUCCUGCCCCAGGAUGCCAAGCUCCUGCGCAAAGCCUGGGAGAGCAGCAGCCGCCAAAAGUGGAUUGUUAAACCACCAGCAUCCGCUCGAGGAAUUGGCAUCCAGGUCAUCCACAAGUGGAGUCAGCUCCCCAAGCGACGACCCCUUCUUGUACAGAGGUAUCUACACAAACCCUACCUCAUCAGUGGCAGCAAAUUUGAUCUGCGCAUCUAUGUUUACGUCACCUCCUAUGAUCCUCUACGGAUUUACCUCUUUUCAGAUGGACUCGUCCGUUUUGCCAGUUGCAAGUAUUCCCCUUCCAUGAAGAGCCUUGGCAACAAAUUCAUGCACCUGACCAACUACAGCGUUAAUAAAAAGAAUACUGAAUACCAGGCUAAUGCAGACGAAACGGCCUGCCAGGGCCACAAAUGGGCACUGAAGGCUUUGUGGAACUACCUGAGCCAGAAGGGAGUCAAUAGUGAUGCCAUCUGGGAGAAGAUAAAGGAUGUUGUUGUCAAAACCAUCAUCUCGUCAGAACCCUACGUGACCAGCUUGCUGAAGAUGUAUGUGCGACGGCCUUAUAGUUGCCAUGAGCUCUUUGGUUUUGACAUCAUGCUGGAUGAGAACCUUAAGCCCUGGGUCCUGGAAGUCAACAUUUCCCCGAGCCUCCACUCCAACUCUCCAUUGGACAUCAGCAUCAAAGGCCAGAUGAUCCGUGACCUUCUGAACCUGGCAGGCUUUGUCCUGCCCAACACAGAGGAUAUUUCCAGCUCCAGCAGCUCCAGCAGCUCCACCACCAGCCUGCCUAGCUUCUCCAGGGACAAAUGUUGGAUGGCCCCGGAGCAAUUCACUGCACAGAAGUUAAAGAAAGCCUAUUACCUGACGCAGAAAAUUCCUGAUCAGGACUUCUAUGCAUCUGUGCUGGAUGUCCUGACACCAGAUGACGUUCGGGUUCUGGUCCAGAUGGAGGAUGAGUUUUCUCGCCGGGGUCAGUUUGAACGAAUUUUUCCUUCUCGGAUCUCUUCUCGCUAUCUCCGUUUUUUUGAGCAGCCACGAUAUUUCAACAUUCUCACCACCCAAUGGGAACAGAAGUACCAUGGCAACAAGCUCAAAGGAGUAGAUCUGCUUCGGAGUUGGUGCUACAAAGGGUUCCACACAGGAGCCAUCUCUGAUUCUGCUCCACUGUGGUCUCUCCCGACAUCACUUCUGACUGUCCCAAAGGGUGACGUGACGCUCGGUGCUUUACACAAAUCAGAGACUGGCAAGCUGGGGAAAUCUACUUCCUCAAAAGACAGCGAGGACACCAGCAAAGAGCCUAGCCUUUCCAUGCAGGUGCUACCUGUGAGCAAGUACUCUGGGAAGACUUCGAGAUUCUCUGCUUCCCCCAUUUCCCAGUCAACCGGUGACUCCCUCCUGGCUGCUGUGAGCCCAUGACUGGCCUCUUUUCACUAGCCCCUGCUCAGGAGCACCAGCGUUAGCUACCUCACAGGACGUGGCCUAUCGGCCAGCCUGAGUCCCUACCCCCUCUACCUUGCCCCUCUUCAGAGUAUUUUUUUGAGGUUGAUGAAUUAGAGAGAUGGGUAUCUGGAGGGCUGGCAGGGUGGUGGGGAUGGGGAGAAGGUGAGGAAGGUUCACUGGCUGGUACCUCAUAUCUCAGCAGAGAAGCCAAUGAUGGCCACUUAGCCUUAUAAAGCAGGGUUUGGUUUCUACCUUCAGAGAGCCAUGUGUGGUUUGUUUUAGGCCUUGGUGCACUGAUUGAACUAGAGUUCAAGAGGAGAAAACAGGCCUGAAGCCCUUUGUAACUGAGGAGGUUCCUCUGAAGGUUCACAUUUCCUCACUUCUCACCCUCUCUCCUUCCCUCCCCCUCUGUGCUGAGGAGCCACUUUCAGAAACCUCCAGACUUCUUCGGUAGACAGGGAGAGGCCAUGACGUGAUGAAAGCAUUUCCUGUCAUGCUAGUCUUGGGAGCUUCACCACCUCUAGACCACUUGUCUUUUCAUAGAUCCACCCAGGCAGUAGCCCUUGGCCUUCUUAGUCUGACCUCAUAUUACUACUUGGUCAGUCUUCUAGACUUCUAAAUCAUGGAUGUUACCUCUUCAGCUCUUGGUUUUUGGAGAGUAAGAGGUUCUGUGAACUUUGUGAAUUUCCUACAGCCCCAGUGAAGGAGCCUAGAUAAUCCUAGUUGGUUGCCUGUGUCCAUAUAUGGAAGGACACAGCCCUGUGGGCGAGUGGGAAAAACUGUGAUUUCCCCACAACGCACAGGAAGGCUCCUGUUCUGUUUACUCCUUGCGCUGUCUCUGAUUAGCGGGCCUGGCUCAUGGGUCACUAGGACAAGCAGAGGCAGUUGGGGUGGCAGAGAGGUUUCAGGAGCAGUUACCAUUGCAGGAUGGGCUUCCAGUCAGACUGCUGGCUAAACCCUUGUGCUCUUAACUGAAUCUACCUCCCUCUCCAAGACUCAGUAAAACAGUGACUGUUCAAUAAACGUUUGAGUGAGUGAACUGUACAGACAGAGAUCUCCAAGGACACGAGCACCUGAACUAGAAGGCCUCCUUCUCUCUCCCCUGGGGCAAGGUGGAGCCCAGGGGGUACAAGCUGGGAGAGUGGGAUCAGAAAGGUGGUUUUCACGUGAACUACACCACUCCUUAACUUGGCACUUCUUGGUUGCUGCCUGCCCCCUCCCCAGCCCUGUAAUCGCUUCGCUUCGCUUUUCUAGCAGCAAGGCCAAACAGGAAGCCAACUGGCCCCUGUGCGUGAAGGCCAAGUUUUCCCCGCUGUACAUCAGGCAGGAAGCUCUGCUCACAGUCCCACCCUGGGCUCUGCCUUCGUUCUCUGAGCUACCCUGUUUCAUGGCUCCUGGUGUUCUGUGGCAAGCUGGGGUGGAGCCAUGGAACAAUCACUAAGCAGCCUGGCUAAGUAAGGCCGCACAAGUAGGUGGCUGUGCUGGCCAGCGUGAAGGCCGUGUGGACAGUUGGGGAGGAAGCUUGGUGGCAGAGUCCUGGGGCAGCUUCUGCGGCUCAGUAGUAAGGACUUCAAAUUGAGGCCCAGCAGAAGUCAUUGAAGCCAACUCCUUCUUGUCCUACCUCAAUGCAAAAAUGUCACAAUGAACCUUGUGUCAAGGACAGUAAGCAGCCUUCCUAAGAAAACUAGCCACCUGCCUCAGCAGUUUUGUGUCUCAUCCUCUGGUCACGGGCUUAGGUAUAGAGGCCUGCCUGAGCUGCUUUGGCCCUUGGCAGCCAGCUUCGGUUCUUUGGUCUGCCUUCCGAGAAUCCCCAGACAGCACAGCCAGCCCGUGUCCAUCCGCCUGACCGGAGAGGGAACCAGCAUUUCAGCACAAUGGAAGUGUGGGCCGGGUGGGUAGGACUUAAGAAAUUAAAUGACUGAUGAAAAUAGAGAGUUCUUAGUGGUUUAAAACCUGUUUAUACAUACAUUGUUUUUAAUCUUAGUCAUAUUUGAAUAUCUGAUGUGUUUUGCUGGGUGGAAGAAGG